GUUGGUUUGGUUAUUUUCAUAAUGGGCGACGAAAUAGAUUGGUCGCCAAAACUGAAGAUGUGCAAUAGCUUUGACGAGAGCAGAGAUUUUGGAGCCGAUAUUUCUAUAAAAAAGAAAAAGAACAAAAAGUAACAGUUAACUAGUAGAGACACAAGUAACUCAAAAAACCAUUAAGAUUAUAAAAAAUUGAAGAAAGUUUUUUUUUUUUUUUUGGGUCACUAUAACAUUAGAAAUUGAUGUAAGUGGACAACAAAUUUAUAUCUUAUGAUAUAAUUUUUAUUUUUUUAUUUUUUAUACAAGUCAUAUUGAGGGAGGGUGGAAUCGAACUUAGGACCUCUUAACUAUUUGAGUUACAAAUUCAUUGCAUCCGAUGAUAUAAUAUUAAUAAAUAAACGCACAUUAUAACAUGAGAUUAUUGUUCAUUAGAAAAAAAAAAAAAAAGUGAAUUCAUAUAAAAAAGAAUAUGGCUAAAUUUGAAACGUGUGACACCCAAAACUAGAGUAUGGUGAUUUUCUUUAUCAGUUUUUUUAGUGAACAAAGGGGAUUAGGACCAGAAGACAGGUUUAAACAAUAGCAUAUAGACGCAUAGGAGAAAGGAGGCCAACUAAGUCAUGAGGAAAAACAAAAGAGAUAUUACUCAAGACACCCAAUAAUGCUCUACCCUGUUACUUCUUCUUUCCAUCUUAUCCAUUAGAAAAAGAAAAAGAAAAAAAAAACUAGUUGAGCUGAAAAGAAGAAAAGAAAAGAAGAACAGAAAAGAAGAACUUACUUUUUUAAGGGGAAAAAAAAAGGAAACUCACCAAAAAAUUGUCUUCCCCCCUUAUUGUGAGUAAAACUUGGUGUGGACGCAUUCCACGCCCAAAAGAUUUGACACCACAAAUUUCUAUGGAUCUCUUCUUUCUUUUCUUUAUUUGGCCCCUCCUCUAUGGCACUCUAUAGAAUCCAAAAAAAUAAUAUUCAGCCCUCCCAUUUUUAAGGGCCUAUUUUCGAAGACCCUCUUUGCGGACACAAACUUGCCUGUGUCUCUAUAAAUAUGCACAAUCCCAUGCCCCCUUUCAAUCAACAUCUAACAAUCCAACCUUCUCUACUACAAAGAAAAGACCUUAAACUUCUCAUAUCAAGAAACAAAAAUGGCGUUCAACACGAAGCUUCUUUUGGCCAUUUGCUGCGUCGCAUUGGUCUUCACUCUUGUCUCUGCAAACAUUUCUAAAGAAGAGAUCGAUGGCUUCGUCGAGGAGCACAACAAGGCUCGUAAAGAGGUCGGCAACAAACCCCUCAAGUGGAACACGACCUUGGCCCAGUAUGCCCAAGAAUAUGCGGAUAAAAGAGUUGGUGACUGCGCCAUGGAGCACUCGAUGGGGCGUUGGGGUGAGAACUUGGCCUCCGGCGACGGCAUGAGCGGCGCAGCUGCCACCAAGUAUUGGGUCACCGAGAAGGAGUUCUAUGAUGAAAAGUCCAACAAAUGCGUCAAAGACGAAUGCGGUCACUACCUUGCUGUGGUAUGGGGCAAAACCACUGAGGUUGGAUGUGGCAUUUCAAAGUGCAACAAUGGACAGAACUAUGUGGUUUGCAGCUACGAUCCCAUGUACCAGCCCGAGGACGAGCGCCCCUACUAGACAAUGUAUGUAUGCUUGCGUGCA